AAAUCUGAUAAAACUUCAAAUUGAAGUUUUUUUUUCUAUUUUUUAUUCAUUUUUGUAAGACACAACAAUAAUAGCUUAGAUUCAUUUAAAUGGCUAGAAAACGGUUCAAUUUGAUAGACACCUCUUCAAAAUCGAAAGAGAAAGGAAUCCCAUUACCCAGUGGACACAACUGGGAUAACUACUCUAAACUGGAUAAACCAGUCAAAACAUCGGAAGCUGACUGGAAGUCUACAAUUUGCUCGUUUAUAAAAGGUGGAAGGAUGCUAUCACUUCUGUUUGUGUUGGUGAGUGUGCCCCGUCUCUUCUCCUAUGUGUUGUACUCUGUACAUGAGAACCAUCUGUGGUUCAGCAGAAUCACCCAAGUGGAGAAGGAGAUCUCCUUCAGGACAGAGAGUGGUCUUUACUACUCCUACAUGAAGCAAAUCAUCAUGGCCAAAGAUUUUGAUGUGGGAUUGAAACUACUUCUUGACGACAAAAAGACUGAGUUUGGGAGGACAAUCAACGUCGUGGAAAGAUUCAACGUGUUCCAAGAAAUAGCACUGGCCAAAAUAUACCUCAACUCUGACUAUAUCAGGACUAACAUGCACCCAAUGGUGUUUUAUGUUCAGGUUCUCUUCGCACUUCAAGCUCUGCUGGCCUUCAGUCUGAUUGCAAUCACUUAUGAAGUGUCAAAAUCAUUUGUAGGUACUUUAGUGUGUGGCUCUUUACUUAUAACCCACAUAACAGAUAUAACUCGAGCUGAACAAUCUCCCGCUCUGCGAGAAAAUUGGGCAACUCCCUUCUACUUCACAUUCAUUCUCUGCACCUGUUUCAUUUUCAGACCUUAUCAAACAAAAUUUAAACUCUCAUUUUUCUAUUUUGUUGCUUUUAUUACUUGCACAUUAUUUUGUCUGUUAUGGCAGUUCAACCAGUUUGUAAUUUUACUUACAUCCAUAGCUAUUUUUGGGACAUCCUUAUUGGGCUUCACUCCAAAAUUAAAAUCAAUUACAAUUUUAUGGGUUCAGUGGUUUUCGCUAUUGGUUUGUUCAUACGCGCAGUUCGGAAAUAAGUUCAUUUUGUGUUCGUUUCCGAUGAGUUUAAUUCCGAUUGCAAAUGUGGUUUUGAUCAUGUUUCCUGACAUUGAGUCGAGAUUGAAGCGAUUUUGGAGUAAAAUGGUAGUUGCAGUUAUGGCCUUUGUGAUUACUCUCGGAACCACUUUAGCUUCAAGUUUGUUCCUGAAAAACUACUUCAAUGUUCAAGAGGGAACCCACAUCAUGAAAUUUCUCUUCUUCAAAUUCUUCUCCUGGGAAGAAAACCUACUCAGAACUGAUUUCGACUCCAACUUGUAUUUGUGCGAGAGGAUUUUCAAUCCAAUGCCCGUUGACGUUUUGAAAAAACUGAAUUCCAAGGGCAUAUUGGCACCAUAUAUGUUUGGAACAGUGGUCAUGCUAGUUUUGCUGCUCGUAUCACUAGUUAGAUCAUGGAGAAACUUGGAACUCGAAGAAUGGCACAAUUUCAACUCGAAACGGAGACCCGAGUUGAUUCAUCUUUUUUCGAACAAUUUGAUUCUUGCUUUACUGGCAUUAACCACUGCACGUUUCAAGUUUUUGUGGGUUGCGUCUAUGUGCGCUCUUACAUCAAUCUUUCUGAACGACAAAGAGCUCAUCUCAUACGGUCAGCGCAAAACAGGAGACAGCAGAGGACUACUUAACUUACUGCGAGUCGCACUUAGCAUAUGUUUCUGCGCCUACUUAUUUGGGUAUAACUACCAGCCGACUUGGAACAGAAUUAACACGUUCACGGAGUUUCAUGAUCCAGAUACAGUUGAAUUGAUUAAUGCACUGAACCGUGAAACUCCAAAGAAUUCGGUUUUCACUGCGACGAUGCAGGUAUGCGCUAUGAUUAAGUUGGGAAGCGGCCGGGCAAUUACUAAUCAUCCUCAUUAUGAGAACAAAUGGCUGAGAGAAAGAACUGCAAGUGCAUAUCAGAUAUACUCAAAGCUUCCUGCAGACGAGAUUCAUGGAAUACUCCGAGGAUUGGGGACUACUCAUAUUGUUCUGGAGAGCAGUGUUUGUUUUCAAAGAGGAAAAGAGCCUCAAUGUAAAACAAAAGGAGUGAUUGAUCUGCAUAAUGGUCAUAUGCCAGAUAAUCUUCCUGUAGAAAUCCAACGAAGCAAUCAGCAUCUGAUAAAAAAGAAUAAAAGAAGAAUGUGCGAAGAGUUGAUCAAUUUCCCCAAUAAAUUUCACAGAAAUCUGUUCAAACUAUUGUUUCAAAAUAAAACUUUCAGUGUAUUUGGUGUGUUGUGAAUCUGU